GAUCCUCGAGAUAAAUUUAAAUAUCUCAUCGAUUAAUCGCUUGAUCGGUGCAAAGUGAUGAAGCAAAGAGCGAAAGAGACAAACCUCAUCACAGAGAAAGUGUAACAUUGAUUUUCAGCAAAUUCCGUAAAUUUAGCCCCCUACUACCUGUACCACUGAACAGUGGGGAUGACGACAGGCAGAAGGGAGCGUGGUACACCUUACCAGUAAGGUAGGCGGAGCCUUUGACCGAAGAGUUAAUAGAGAUACAAUCGAGAGUGUCUAGUGCACUGCACUCCGGACUGCGGCGUAGGAGGAGAGAAGGGGACAGGGGUAAGGAGGGACAGGCGGUAAGUAGGGACCGCUGGUCCCCUAGUUUAGACAUCACUGAGCGACGGAUGGACAGCCAGUCAGACCCGUCACAGCACUCGCCAGAGUACUCGGAAACCCUCGGGAAAAGCCGAUAGCAGGAGUCUCCGAACCGGCUUCGAAGGCGAGCCGAUAAUUAACACGCCACUACCAUAUGGGAUGCGUGAAUACUUCUAAGAGCGUACUUCAUGCAAUGCAAUUUUAUCGUGCAAUACAUUAAGAUACGUUCGAGGCGAUUAUAAUAAAUAAAGUUACUUGAAGAGUUAAUUGAGCAGUGGAUAACAAGAGAUCGUGCGCAAUCACGAAAUAAGUGAUUCGUGAUGACCGUAGCAACACGUGACCGAUGACGAAAAAAUUGGUGAAAGGUGUUUGACGAAUAAACUUUUGACAUUGCAAAGCAAUUCAGAAGUUUUCAGUCAUCUACGUGACAUCGAUAGAUUUCAAUUUACGCGAGAGCACAGUGGGCAGUGAAACCAUGUGUUCUCUUCUAUACAAUAUAGUCACUACGGGCUAGUGUCACUAUAUUAAUCCCCUAUCUCAGUUUAUCGAGCAAAGACUCUGCGAUACAAGAAGAAAUGGCUCUUGUGGAGAGUUGUGGCGCGUACAGAUUGCAGUUAGCGGUUGCGAACCACCAUCAUCGCGAGCUGCUGUCAUCGGAAAGUCGCGUAACGCCGCGUCAAGAUCGUCACCAGCCGGAUCUCGAGCAGGACACUGAGGGAUCGUUGCGAUUCAGCGUCCUCAACAUCCUCAAGCCGGAUUUCGGACGCGAUGCCAUUAUCAACACGAGUUGCCGAAACAAGUUGCCGAACGAAACCGCGGUGUCCGCCGCUAGUUCCGCGCAACAUUCGCGACACAGUCCGCUUCCGCGCGAUCUCAGUCGGGCGACCACGACGCAGUCGAGCUCGGGUCCUUGGAUAAGUUAUCCGCUUCGGGAGAAGGAGUUUCCUUCGCUUCGUGGGUGCACGUCUCUGCAGAAGUGGAACAAUGGGCUGAGUAGAAGCGGCAGUCUUGAAAGUCUGGCGUCUAGCAAAAGUUCGACCACCAGAAGUUCCGUUACUAGUCCGCCGUCCUUGUCCUCCACGAUCAGCGGCGAUUCUUUGACCGUCGAGAACACGGGGGGUAGCAGCACGUCGGCGAGUCAACAAGGCAGUAGUAACAAUCAAAGUUUAUGGCCGGCAUGGGUGUAUUGCACCAGAUACUCCGACAGACCGUCCUCAGGACCGCGUACAAGACGAGUGAAACGUUCGCCAAACAGUAAGAGCAGUUCGCCGGAAGAGAAGAGACCCAGGACGGCCUUCAGCGCCGAACAACUGUCCAGGUUGAAACGAGAAUUUACGGAGAAUCGAUAUCUGACGGAAAGGAGAAGGCAGGAACUCUCGCGGGAAUUGAAUUUGAAUGAAGCGCAGAUCAAGAUCUGGUUUCAGAAUAAACGCGCUAAGCUGAAGAAGGCGAGCGGACAGAAAAAUCCCUUGGCCCUUCAGCUAAUGGCGCAAGGUCUUUACAAUCAUUCCACGGUACCCGUGGAUGAUGACGAAGAAGAGAUCGUAAACGCUGAGCGUUGAGACUCGCAUAAAUUUAAAAGAACCGAUGAAGGUGAAAAGUCAAAGAUGGAAAUUAUGUGUUGCUACAGUCACAUAUAUCACCCUUAUUGUUAGAAAGCAUCGUCAGUCGAAUGAUAUUGACAAAAAAAGUCACUAAAAUAUUAUUUAUUAAAAAAUUGAGAAUAAUCAUCUUUCAUUAAAUGAAGACUGAAAAUAAAAUUGUAAAUAUAAUCGGAAGAAAAGAUA